UCCAAAAGAGCAACGAAAUACCGAAAGCUAAGACUCCAAAGAAUGAAAUCAUGACAACUCAAAAGAGCUACAAAAGACAAAACAAAACGAUGACUCCAACGACAAUAGUUCAAAAGAGCAAUGAAACACUGAAAGCUAAGACUCCAAAGACCGAAAUCACGACGACUCAGAAGAGCUACAAAAGAAAAAAUGAAAGUUGCGACGACUCCAACGAUGAUAGUCCAAAAGAGCAACGAAACACCGAAAGCUAA